UGAUCAGCUUAAAUUUUCAGCAUCAUUAUUAAAUUGUUUGAAUUUUAGUUUAUAAGUAUGUUGUUACUGAGUUAUUGGUUGCUUAAUUUUGAUUGCUGAUUUUUUUUAGUUUGUGGGUUUUUCUGGGUUUUUUUUGGGGGGUUUCUGAUGGUUUUUGUUUGACUAUUGGUUGUUAAUUGAGUAUGAUUUUAAUCGUUGAAUUGGAAAAAAAAAAUGGGUUUGACUGGGUUUUAGUUGUGGGGGUUUUGGGUUUUUUUUUUUUUUUUUUUUGGGUGUUUGACUUGAGCUCAAUUUGAUUGAUUUUGAGGAAAUUGAAGUAAGUGGUUUUUGUUUAGUGUUUUUUUGUAUUGAUGAGCUUAAUUGUUACUGUUAUUAGCUUAAUUUGUCUGCUUUGGAGUAUUUAGGUACUUGAGUUACCUUGGGUUUAGUUGCAUUGUAGAAUUCUCUAUCCUGCUCGUCGUAUCGUAAAACCAGUUAAUCCUGUUUGUGCAAUUUUGUGAUCCGGCGUCGAAGAAGAGGAGUUACACAACCUAUUACCAUGUGGUUUAUGAUGGAAUCUCACUUGGGUUUUGUUAGUGGUCUGAUGAGUGGUCUGAUGAUCUGUGUUCCGUGGUGCGACCGAUACUGUAUUGUUGAAGCUUUCAAAUUUAAGUGAUGAGAGAAGGGAAAUUAUGGGAUGAAAAUAGUUGAAGUUGAUUGCAAAAGAUGUUGGGAACAGAAGUGUCAUGUAUGAACUCCCCUCUCCCUUGCUAAAUUGCUGAAGUGGAAUUGAGAGUUAGAGUUGUACUACAGCUAAGGAGGAGUUUCGUGUUUAUCAUGAUGAUAAAUGUUUUUGAAGCUAGAGUGAUGGAUGAUUGGUUAGGAUUUCCUCUGUUUCCCCCGUUAUAGCUCGGGUAGUAGGAGCUAGGGAGACUGGAUGUCCACUGAUAGGAAUUGAAGUGAUAAUCGUUUCCUAGUGGUUUUUUCUGACUGCAAUGUGGGAAGUAUCUAGAUUAUUCUUUGAUAAUGAUUGAAAUUUGAUCUGUGUUUUGUUGUUUUUGUAUUUCUUGUAAAAUGCAGAUCCCUUACUGAGCAGUAUGUUUUGGUUCGCAAAUUUGAUGCUGGAAAGCCUCCUUAGUUGAGGUGGUCACAAUAAGUCUAAAGGUAGCAACAAUUGUGAACUGUGAAAAUUAUCAUUUUUGAGUUUAGGAUGGAUGAUGCUGGGCACCGUGAAAAUGGGAGACAUAAGCCCGAAAUGUACAAACCACCGCACAGCCAGUGGUUGAUGCAACAGCCACAGUCAAUGAAGCAUAUAAUGUCUAUAAUGGCUGAAAGAGAUGCUGCAAUACAAGAGAGAAAUAUGGCCAUCAAUGAAAAGAAUAAGGCCCUGGAAGAGAGAGACUUAGCAAUCAUGCAGCGAGAUACGGCCAUGCAAGAAAGAAACGAGGCUUUAAUGGAGCGGGAUAACGCAUUGGCAGCACUCCAGUUUCGUCAGAACUCUAUUAACGGUGGUGGUAGUAACACUUGCCCACCUGGGUGCCAAAUUUCACGUGGCGUAAAACACAUGCACCAUCCGCAGCAACAUGUACAACAUCCGCAUGUUGGUGAAGCUUCUUAUGACGGGAGAGAAGUUCAGGUACCUGAUGCCCUACCACUGACAGCUGUUCCGCCAGAAAGCGCAAAAUCCCGAAAAGUCAAACGUCCGAAAGAGCCUAAUGCAACAUCCCCUAACAAGAAGACAUCGAAAAACGGACGGAAGGGGAAGAGAGAAGGUGAGGACUUGAAUAAGAUUAUGUUCUCCAAGUCUCAAGAGUGGAAGGGAAUGCAGGAUAUGGAUGGGAGUGAUGGCUAUAAGCAACUGGGCGGGCCCAAACCUGACUGGAAGGGCCCAGAUCUUGGAUUGAACCAAGUAGCAUUCGAUGAGUCAACUAUGCCACCACCCGUUUGCUCUUGUACUGGGGUAUAUCGACAGUGCUAUAAAUGGGGUAAUGGAGGAUGGCAGUCCUCGUGCUGCACAACAACAAUGUCUGUGUACCCAUUGCCUGCAGUACCCAACAAACGACAUGCCCGAGUUGGUGGGCGGAAGAUGAGCGGGAGUGCCUUCAGCAAACUACUAAGUAGGCUUGCUGCUGAUGGCCAUGAUCUUUCAACCCCAGUUGACCUCAAGGAUCACUGGGCUAAGCAUGGAACAAAUCGCUACAUCACUAUCAGGUAGUGCGUUAGAGAUUUUAGAGAUUUGAAUUGAGGUAGAUGAAGAUAAGCGGAUCUAUUUGUGGGCUACAAGGAAUGAUUUUAAAACGACGGAUUUGAAAGAAAUGUGGCAGUUCGCGUUUCUAAAUUCUCUCCUAAGGCCCAUGGCCGUGUUCAGAAGUCCUGGUGUUCCAGCUGAACAUAUGAACUGGUAAAAGAGAAUGGCCUUCAUCAACUUAGCACAUCUUGUGAAAAGUGUAUUUGUAAAGCAGCUAUGUAAUGUUUGAAGGUGUCUCUGUAACGGUGGGCGUAGCGGUAGCGGUAGCGGUAAAGGUAAUUGUAACAUCCCUCUUAUAUGAGGAAAAGUUGCUUUGUCAACAUUAUUUUAGAAGGCCUAUUUGAAAUGGAAGUUGGUGUUUUCUGCUGA